GUAACAUGAUGAGAUUUACCAUUUUCUUGCAAUUUCUUUGUUGGACAUCACUACUGGCUGUUGAUGCCUAUUAUUAUGUGCAGCCGUCGGCACCAAAGUGUGGAGUGGGUCACUGGUCAGACUGGUCUCCUUGGCAGCCCUCCUGCCCAUCGUGUUCAAGUCAUGCAGCAAAGAGAUCCCUCGAUGAUGACAGCAUUGAAAGAGAUCGACGCAGUUAUCCUUAUGAUGGCAGUUAUUCUUACAGUGGCAACCAACGUGUUAUCCAGAAGCGAUUCAGGUCAUGUACUGGAGUGAGAUGUAUAGGGAAAAGGAAAUGCUAUGGAAAAUCUGCUCAGCACCGAACAUGCUCCAUACCAGAAAAAUGCCGUGGUAUCUCCAGACACUCACAUUAUUGUACAAACAGCCGUUGUCGAGUUUGCACCCCUGUUAAUGGGAUAUGGAGUGCCUGGACAGCAUGGUCACGAUGCUCACGUUCGUAUGGCAAAGGAACACAGUCGAGAAGCAGAGUAUGCUCUGGAUCUUUGUGUGGUGGAAAAUGCAUAGGACCAAAGGUUGACACUCGAGUCGUUUCAUUAAGUUGCUGUUCAGUAAAUGGCAACUGGGCUGCAUGGUCCGGUUGGUCAAAAUGUAUAGGGAAAUGUAGUAAAGGAGUGAAGUUUAGGAAUCGAAAAUGCUCUAGUUCGGCAUGCGGUGGCUCAUGUAGUGGUAACAGCCUUGAACUACAGAAAUGUGAUGCAUGUUGCCCAGUGAAUGGGAGAUGGACAGCGUGGACUAGCUGGACAGAAUGUACUGUUUCAUGCGGAGGUGGCACCCAAAUUCGGUCCCGUCACUGUACUGGUUCUCGGUGCGGUGGCACGUGCACAGGCAAAAAUGUUAUAACUCAAACAUGUAACAACGACGACUGCUGUCCAGUAAAUGGCAAAUGGGCUGCAUGGUCCGAUUGGUCAAAAUGUAUAGGGACAUGUAGUAAAGGAGUGAAGUUUAGGAAUCGAAUAUGCUCUGGUUCAGCAUGCGGUGGCUCAUGUAGUGGUAACAGCCUUGACCUACAGAAAUGUGAUACGUGUUGCCCAGUGAAUGGGAGAUGGACAGCAUGGACUAGCUGGACAGAAUGUACUGUGUCAUGCGGAGGUGGCACCCGAAAUCGGUCCCGACACUGUUCUGGUUCUCGGUGCGGUGGCACAUGCACAGGCAAAAAUGUUAUAACUCAAACAUGUAACAACGACGACUGCUGUCCAGUAAAUGGCACAUGGUCAGACUGGUCAGACUGGUCAGAGUGUUCUACAACAUGUGGUGCGGGCAUUCAGCACAGACAUCGAAACUGCACCAAAUCUAAAUGUGGCAAUUACUGCACUGGAUCGGAAACUGAAAGAAGAGUCUGCAGCACCAUUUGCUGUCCACGCAAUGGAACGUGGACUAACUGGACAGACUGGACAGAUUGCUCUGUUAGCUGUGGAGGCGGAUCCCAAAACAGAUCACGUACAUGCCGAGGUCAUUCAUGCGGUGGUUACUGUGAUGGUCUAGAUCAUGAAACUCGGGACUGUAACACUGAUUGCUGUCCAAUUAAUGGUACGUGGACUGAUUGGUCGGAUUGGUCAACGUGUCCAGUAACGUGUGGUACAGGUAUUCAAUCUAGACAUCGUAACUGCACUGAUUUUGAGUGCGGUGGCUACUGCGAUGGACCCGAAUCUGAGACUCAACUUUGUAAUACUGACUGUUGCCCAGUAAAUGGAAAUUGGACAGAAUGGGAAGCGUGGACAGAUUGUUCGGUCGUUUGUGGAGGAGGGACUCAAAAUCGGUCACGAACUUGUCAUGGAUAUUCGUGUGGUGGUUAUUGUGAAGGGUUAGACUAUGAAAGUCAGUCUUGCAAUACUGAAUGCUGUCCAGUGAAUGGAACGUGGUCUGAUUGGUCUGAUUGGUCAGACUGUCCUGUGACGUGUGGAGCAAGCGUUCAGUAUCGAAAUCGUAACUGCACAAAUUUCACAUGCGGUGGCUAUUGCACUGGACCAGAAACCGAAAGCCAACUUUGUAACACAAAUUGCUGUCCAGGUAAUGGGACAUGGACAGGUUGGUCUGACUGGUCAACGUGUCCAGUCACGUGUGGUACAGGUAGUCAAUCCAGACAUCGUAACUGCACUGAUUUUGAGUGCGGUGGCUACUGCGAUGGACCCGAAUCUGAGACUCAACUUUGCAAUACUGACUGUUGCCCAGUAAAUGGAAGUUGGACAGAAUGGGAAGAGUGGACAGACUGUUCGGUCGUUUGUGGAGGAGGAACUCAAAAUCGGUCACGAAAUUGUCAUGGAUAUUCGUGUGGUAGCUAUUGUGAAGGGUUAGACUAUGAAAGUCAGCCUUGCAAUACUGAAUGCUGUCCAGUGAAUGGAACGUGGUCUGAUUGGUCGGAUUGGUCAGAAUGUCCUGUGACGUGCGGAACAGGCGUUCAGUAUCGAAAUCGCAACUGCACGAAUUUCACAUGCGGUGGCUAUUGCACUGGACCAGAAACCGAAAGCCAACUUUGUAACACAAAUUGCUGUCCAGGUAAUGGGACAUGGACAGGUUGGUCUGACUGGUCAACGUGUCCAGUCACGUGUGGUACAGGUAGUCAAUCCAGACAUCGUAACUGCACUGAUUUUGAGUGCGGUGGCUACUGCGAUGGACCCGAAUCUGAGACUCAACUUUGCAAUACUGACUGUUGCCCAGUAAAUGGAAGUUGGACAGAAUGGGAAGAGUGGACAGACUGUUCGGUCGUUUGUGGAGGAGGAACUCAAAAUCGGUCACGAAAUUGUCAUGGAUAUUCGUGUGGUGGCUAUUGUGAAGGGUUAGACUAUGAAAGUCAGUCUUGCAAUACUGAAUGCUGUCCAGUGAAUGGAACGUGGUCUGAUUGGUCGGAUUGGUCAGAAUGUCCUGUGACGUGCGGAACAGGCGUUCAGUAUCGAAAUCGCAACUGCACGAAUUUCACAUGCGGUGGCUAUUGCACUGGACCAGAAACCGAAAGCCAACUUUGUAACACAAAUUGCUGUCCAGGUAAUGGGACAUGGACAGGUUGGUCUGACUGGUCAACGUGUCCAGUCACGUGUGGUACAGGUAGUCAAUCCAGACAUCGCAACUGCACUGAUUUUGAGUGCGGUGGCUACUGCGAUGGACCCGAAUCUGAGACUCAACUUUGCAAUACUGACUGUUGCCCAGUAAAUGGAAAUUGGACAGAAUGGGAAGCGUGGACAGAUUGUUCGGUCGUUUGUGGAGGAGGGACUCAAAAUCGGUCACGAACUUGUCAUGGAUAUUCGUGUGGUGGUUAUUGUGAAGGGUUAGACUAUGAAAGUCAGUCUUGCAAUACUGAAUGCUGUCCAGUGAAUGGAACGUGGUCUGAUUGGUCUGAUUGGUCAGACUGUCCUGUGACGUGCGGAACAGGCGUUCAGUAUCGAAAUCGCAAAUGCACGAAUUUCACAUGCGGUGGCUAUUGCACUGGACCAGAAACCGAAAGCCAACUUUGUAACACAAAUUGCUGUCCAGGUAAUGGGACAUGGACAGGUUGGUCUGACUGGUCAACGUGUCCAGUCACGUGUGGUACAGGUAUUCAAUCUAGACAUCGUAACUGCACUGAGUUUGAGUGUGGUGGCUACUGCAAUGGACCCGACUCUGAGACUCAAUUUUGCAAUACUGGCUGUUGCCCAGUAAAUGGAAAUUGGACAGAAUGGACAGAAUGGACAAACUGCUCGGUUGUUUGUGGAGGAGGAACUCAAAAUCGGUCAAGAGUUUGCCUUGGGCAUUCCUGUGGCGGUUAUUGUGAAGGACUAAACCAUGAAAGUAAGUCGUGCAAUGAAGAAUGCUGUCCAGUAAAUGGAACUUGGGCUGAUUGGGCUGACUGGUCAGCAUGCACCGUAACGUGUGGUAGAGGGACACAAGUAAGACAUCGUAAUUGCAUUGACUCAGAAUGUGGAGGUUCAUGUGACGGGACAGAUUUAGAUACCCGCAGCUGCAACACAGAUUGCUGCCUUGUAAAUGGAUCAUGGACAGAAUGGUCGAACUGGACAACAUGUACGGCAACAUGUGGUGGAGGAAUGCAAAACAGAACACGGCAAUGCACUGGUUUCUCUUGUGGUGGAUUCUGUGAUGGGGAGGAUGUCGAUGAGAGACAAUGUAACAAGGAAUGUUGCCCACAAGAUGGUGUGUGGACAGGAUGGAGUGAAUGGUCACAGUGCGUUAAUAUCCGUGGCCGUUACACACAAAACAGAAGAAGAGACUGCAUUGACAUUUCGUGUGGUGGUCAGUAUUGUCGAGGUGCCUCAUCAGAAAAUCAAACAUGUGAUCCACCUUAUUGUCUUGAAUUCCAACAAGCACUCAUAUAUGCAAGCCGUCAUUCCAUCUAUGCUCUCCCUCUGAUCUGCUUCAGUAAUACAACAUUAUCUCCUCUGCUCGUUUACUCCAACAGCUCGGUUGACAUCACAUUUGUAGCAUAUGACCCUGUGACUCAGUAUUACUACUAUGCUGACCAGACGACUGAUUCUGUCUCACGAGUCAAGCAAACUGGUGUGGCUCAACUGAUCUACACUCAUGGCAGUGAGAUAACUGGCAUAGCUGUUGACGUAAUGGACAGGUCACUGUAUGUGAUAUCUGGUGAACGUAUUGUUUCUAUUGAUGUGGACAUUAGUAGGUCAGUGCGGAUCAUCAUUGAUCAAGGUUCUAACACCAGUACUGCCGCAUUCAGUCAACUACACGGACAACUGGCAGUUGCCCUUUCCAACAUCAUAGUACUCAUUUCAAGAACCAAAUACAUUAAUCGGCUAACAAUCACCGAUGACGAUGCAAUCCAACCUUUUGAUAUAGCCAUUGAUCAAGACAAUGACCAGUUUCUUGUUGCUGGAAAUGUUGGCGGUUCUGCAGUUGUUAAUGCCAUUGAUUAUGACGGUGCAACUAAGUCUACUCUGAACUUGCGCACAACCGUUGAAACCCAACUUGACAGAAUUGCUGUAGAUAGUCGUCAUUACUAUAUUCCCGUGACUAGAGGAAUAGCCGUAAUUCCUAAAGACACACUGGAACACGACACGGUGUACAACACAGAGAUUAACAAUAUAGUCGACAUGGUGACAUCAUUUUAUGCUCCACAGGGCAACGAGGGUUGUGGCAAAUGCCCAACGACUGAGGAGCUCGAACAGUUGAUUUGUGACAAUCAGCGCAACUAUGCUUUUGAAGGAAGACUGCUUGAUGUAGUCGAUGACUUGAGGACUGGUGCUGUUCACUACACAUUCCGUGUAAGACAUAUCCACAAAGAUAGCAAUGUGGCUGACAUGUUGGGAGUCAGUGUCGAGAGCAGCAAGGGAGAUAAUGACACGGUUGAUGUCUAUUCACCAACUCAUCAUUGCUGCGGUGAGCUACAUGUUGGGGUUAACUAUCUACUGAUUGGUCAGGCAGGUGUCAAUCGACUCCACCUGCGUAUCAAUGACGUAGUAUUCGAUAUGAACGAGUUAUCUUCCGAUGAAAUAACAAGAGCAUCCACUCAAUGUGAGAACGUAGUACUGGUACCUCAAAGAAACUCCUUUCAGUUAGGACUUAUUGAAUAGUCACUUGGAUUGGCAGACAACAACAUCAACAGUCCAUAAAUAGUAUGUUGUCUAACUGAGUAACAGACACAUGGGGAAACUUGAUAGUGAACAGAGUUUUAAUGUUUUCGCUAGAUUUUUUUCACUACACUGCAAUUGACUAGGUAACAC